UUACCAACAAAUCAUACUAUUCUUUCUACUUGCUCCCAAAAAUUUCAUGAAACAUUCUUCUCGAGAAGAGUUUUUCGAUUCAACGAACAAGAAAGAACAGAUUUUUUUUUUUAUUUCACACCUCCAGCAUUAAUGGAGAAUUAACAUGAACCACCAACCAGUCUUGAUUCUUUCCAAGAAAAUGAUAAUAUCACGCAUCUACUCCUACAUCACCAUUUCGUCGGUUUCCGCUCUGUCCAGAACCCCAAAGCUCUCCCACCUCACAACUCCAAAUCGCCCGCCAUUCCCCCGAAUACCCCAUUUCUUCUGCACCAAGCCUCCAAUCGUCAUCAUCCUACCUCCACAAUCCAUGGAUCCCAACUCCUCGCCUCAAACCAUCCCAGUGGUUUCCACAUUCGCCAAUCCCUUUGACAGCCAAAACCCUCCUCCCCUUCCUCCGGCCGCGGCCUCCAAUGGCGCCGACGCCGCCGCAGCCGCGCGCAAGCCCAUCGCGCUGUGGCCCGGAAUGUAUCAUUCCCCCGUCACCAAUGCUCUGUGGGAGGCCAGGUCCAAGGUCUUCGAGAGAAUGCUUGACCCACCCAAAGACGCGCCUCCGCAGAGCGAGCUGCUCUCCAAGACGCCUCACCAGAGCCGUACCAGCAUUCUGUACAAUUUCUCUAGUGAUUACAUACUCAGGGAGCAGUACAGGGAUCCUUGGAAUGAGGUCCGAAUUGGGAAGUUGCUUGAGGAUCUUGAUGCUUUGGCUGGCACCAUCUCUGUCAAGCACUGUUCUGAUGAAGAUAGCACAACAAGGCCGCUUCUGCUAGUGACAGCUUCCGUUGAUAGGAUCGUUCUGAAGAAGCCAAUUAGUGUCGAUGUUGAUCUCAAGAUAGUUGGUUCUGCUAUAUGGGUUGGGCGUUCCUCGAUCGAGAUUCAACUAGAUGUUAUUCAGCCUCCUAAAGACGACUCGGAUUCUUCACACUCCACAGCACUGACAGCCAACUUCAUAUUUGUUGCUCGAGACUCUGUGACCGGGAAGGCUGCAUCAGUCAACCGACUAAUCCCGGAGACAAAACAAGAGAAGUCGCUCUUUGAAGAAGCCGAAGCAAGGAGCAAGCUGAGGAAGAGAAAAACAGUGGAGGAUGAUGGUAGAAAGGAAGUUGAAAGUGGAGAAAAGAAUCGACUCGAAGCAUUGCUGGCCGAGGGGAGAAUCUUCAGCGACAUGCCAGCGUUAGCAGACAGAGACAGCAUUCUUUUAGGAGACACCCGUCUCCAGAAUUCACUCAUCUGCCAACCUCAGCAGAGGAAUAUGCACGGAAGAAUUUUUGGAGGCUUCCUCAUGCACCGGGCAUUCGAGCUGGCUUUCUCCACUGCUUAUACAUUCGCAGGGUUGGUGCCUUGCUUUCUGGAAGUCGAUCACGUGGAUUUCCUAAGACCUGUGGAUGUUGGGGAUUUCUUGCGCCUCAAGUCAUGCGUUCUAUACACAGAACUCGAGAACCCAGAUGAGCCUCUGAUCAACGUCGAAGUCGUUGCUCAUGUCACUAAACCAGAGCUGAGAACCAGUGAGGUGACGAAUACGUUCUACUUCACCUUCACAGUAAGGCCAGAGGCGAAAGCUGCAAAGAAUGGUUACAGGAUCCGGAAUGUGGUUCCUUCAACCGAGGAAGAAGCAAGGCUCAUUCUGGAGAGGAAAGAUGCAGAGGCCUUGCGUUUAGCAUCAGCUUAACCGAAGACACAUAUGAAGUACUAAGUUUAGCACCACAAGUAGUAUAUAGUUCAGUGUGGAGCAACCAGUAAACAAGUUUGGUGGUUGAAGCUGACACCUGAAGCAGGAAGUAGGAUCAGUAAAUAAGAGAAUGGAUUUAUGUAAGCCAUGCUUGAUUACUACACCUCGUUAAGUUUCGAGCAGAGGAAAUUAAGGAGUAGAAAAGGG